UUUCGGGAUUUAGACGAAUGGUCCUUCCGAAGAAACAUGUGUUCGAUAUUUUUUCAUGCUUUUCGUCUUUUCAUUUAUCUCUGAAAAAAUGCGUUCAUCUUUUUUGCUUUUAUUCCCAGUUCGUGUGACGAACGGAGAAAACUAUCUCGCGACCACCCGCUGAUAUAAUUUCCCAUAACCUCAAAAACUUGCAAAUUUAAUAGGCGGAGGAACAGAGCAGAGAGAAGAAUAAAAGGGAGACACCGGUAAAUCAGGACGGUUUCAUAAGCUUUUACCCAAGCCGUCUAUAAUUCGCAAAUUUGUCAAAUUGGUAUUUCUGAGUUUUGUUUACGCUCGUUUUAAUAAACAAACAUAGUCCGAUGGAUGAACAAGUUAUCGUUGUUACGGCUACGCCGAUAAGAAAAUGUGUUUGCGAUUAUUUUAAUCAGUGAUAAUAAAGAUCUGUUCCUGGUACUUCACGCGAAAAUAAUAAAUCUUCGUAAUCCAUGUGUGUUUUUAAUGUAUUUGUUCUUCGCUGAAGGUGGCGAGUGAGAUGAUACACUUUUUCGGAUGCACAUAACCCUUUUUGCUGCGAACGUACUGUGCACAUAUCGGUAUUAUAUACAUUUAUACAUAUAUAUAUACACGUAUGUAUUGCAGACGCCGCUACAUUCCUGAAGAAAGAUCCGCCUAGUCUGCUUCUUCUUGUUGCUCCGUGUAAUAUUGGAGAACGAGAAGAGCAAACGACGUUGGACGAAUAAAAUGAGAGGAUUUUCGUUUUCGUGGAAAGUUUGAAAGUCGAGUGAAUCAAAGAGAAAGUGAGAACUAAAAAAAGAAUAGUGUCAAUUUUCUAUUGAAUAAGAUUUAUUUUUUUUCAUCAUAAUUAGUUAGUGUAUAACGUUAUAAAAUAAGAAGAUAACAAUAAGUGUGGAAGCUGUGAAAAAAUCCUUGAACAACGAGUCGUGUAAAAACGAGUGACGGAUUUUUUUGAGAUUUCAACAGUAACAAUAAUACAUUUCUUGAAGAAAAGUGUCAAAAAACUCAGGCAGAUGAAAUACGAUGGACAAUCGUCCACACGACUGAAUACAGCAAGACGGUGAAGGAAGGAUGAAGAAUGCCCCGAGUCGAAGGCGAGGGGGUUGGUGGCGGCGACGUCGACGACGGCAGCAACAACAACAACAACAACAACAACCAUCAUCACAACAACCACAACAACAACAAUUCAAACGAACAGCAGAGAUGCGACGCGUCGUUGAAUUAUGCACACUCCGCCGGAUUUGGCAGUUGGCUCGGUGGCGCUGCGAGAGCGGUGUCCAGCAGCGGAACUCACGGCUCAACCGGCGGUUAUAUCGUUCUCGGUGGCACGCGAUACGGGCUUCGUCUUUCGCAGGAAAGCAUACCGCCGAGUUCGCGGGAAGAUUCGCAGGAUCGUGGGAGUCGAAUAGUGGGGGGGAGCAGAGACUCGAGAUUCGUUAGACGUGAGAACGACACGAGCCGAGAGCGUUUGACGGAGAAGAAUGGAACGUUAACAGGGGAGAAGCAAUCGAUGGAUUUGUCGGCGAGUCUGGCCGAUUGUUGCUGCAUAGGACCGCGUUCUCGUUUGCCUUUGCCUCGAUUAUCGAUAACGUCGCCGAUAGCCGGUGGAAACUCGGUGGCGAGCGAUGGCGGCGUCGAUUGCAAAGCUCUCAGCUGUAACGACAGUGCUGAUGUUUCCGUUGCCGGUGGAAGAACGUUGCAGUCUCCACCUCCUGCUUCGACAACGAAAAACGAAUCGGCGCGAGUGCCGCCAAACUCGAACGCUAAUAAUAACCGUGGGACGCUGCAAAUGGUUGGCCAACAUCCACCGAUUCAACAGGAGCAACACCUUUAUUCGACGCAGCCACGCACGACCAACAAAAUUACCACCAACACCAACAAUUGCCGCAGCCUCCCUUCGAGCUUCGUACCAGUUGCUCAAACGGUCACUUCUGUGCCACGACAAAUUGCCCAGUGGACCAAACACCAAACUCUCAAGCUACAGGAACCAGCAGUGACAGCGGUGGACCGAUUGCACAGAUUUCGAUGGAGCGGGGGCGGAGGAGGAAGCGGAAAGAAAUCCUCUUCCGGCCCCCGCAGCGAGAAGGCCGAACGCCUUCGAGAAUUGACCGAAAAACUCAAAGGCCCCGCUCCCGUUCCACCACCGAGAAGACCCUCCAGACUUCAGGCUUCCUCGCCCCCGCCGUACAAUCAUCAACAGUCUCAUGCCGAUAAUCAACAUUCACAGUUGAGUCCGAGCAACCAGGAUUAUUCUCGCAACGAGGGACGUUCUGGAAAUCGUAGUUACACAUUCAGCGAGGGGAGUUUGGCGUCAACGUCAUCUUCGUCGUCGGGGAACGGAAGUGUAAUCGGUGGCACGUGCAAUCAGCCAAACAAAUCAUCAACGAGUAGCCUGUAUCGUGGCAAUCCAAAGACAUUUCAAAGAAGUGAGAGUGUGGGUGAGGAGUGUCGUUGUUCGAACGAGAGAACAGCGUUGAGUAACGAUGCCGCGACGGGUUUUGGUGUUGUUGGUACUGGUAACGGUGAGGGGUCUUCAGGAAAUUCAUCGCGUGCCGGCUCCGCGACGUCGAUCAUUGGGAAAAACAACGCGUGUGUCCCCCUCGAACCGUGCCACGUUGAUACGUGGACGAGAAAUCAACGUGAUCAACGCAAUAGUGACGGUAGUGAUGUCGUUAAUCUCGACAAAGAUUAUGACGAAACGAAUCGCAACGAUAAUAGUAAUAAUCACCAAAUUAAUAACGAUCCGAGCAGAAUCGUUAUUAACCCCGAAGCUAAACACUACAGGCAAUCCAGUGACUCCUUGUUGGACAGUGGUAUCAAAAAAUAUCGUCAAAAUCCGAAAGAUUAUUACGCUAUUUCACACAGCAGAAUAUCCGAUGGUACGAUAGCUUCCGGUUGCUCGAGCAACAACGACGCUGAAGCUAGAGACGCUCUUGCCAGGCUCGAGCCCCGAGGACCUUUGCUCAAUUAUCAAAAAAACGGUGCACCCUUUAGAAGUGCCUCCUUCGGUCAAGCUGACUUCAGUCAAGUCACGAAUCGUCAGAAAAUUCAGCCCAUCGCAGUGGAUUCUAACCGUGGAACAACCGAUGGAAACAAGGAAGUGCGAGCGAGUACACUGCCGAGGCGUAGAGGCGACGUUACUCAAAUUCAAUCUGAGACGGAUGCCGAGAACAUUUCUAAUCGUCCGAACAGUCCACGAGCUUCGACACCGAGUUUGGACAGUGCGGUGGGCUCGGCCGAGGGUCUCGGUAUAGUUUCACAACCGGUUCACGAGGACACACGUCCGAGAAGCGACGGAUCCGAUAGCCUCGCAACAUCGAGCGCCCUCACGAGUCCGGAACCACCGACGAUUUUCAGCGAGAAUAAUAAUAAGAAUAAUAACGAUAACCGCCAACAAGAUCAUCAUCAACAUCAUCAUCCUAAUCACCAUCAUCAUCUUCCUCACAGAGAAACGUCGCACCACAAUUCUGUAUCAUCCGAAGUUCCGACUGGUGAAUUAUUGGCUGGUGAACAAACUCAAGCUUCGGAAAAUACAGUUGAGGACGUUGGAAACAUUGCCAGAGAAACGUGGAUAGAGCCGCAUGAAGUAAUUAUAACACCGCCGGAAGAGCCGAGGCUGAGCCAAGCGAGCGAAGGCAGCGAAGCCACGAGUGAAACACCAUCACCAGAGGCAUUAUCGCCUUCCGGAAAAAUUCGACGUUCGAGGGGCGAUAACAGUAAAAGGCGAAAAGGUGUUUACAUUACUCAAUGGCCGGAGCCAUCGGAAAACGACCGCAGCAAAUUGGCGGCUCAGAGCAGCGAAGAGAGAGAAGAUCCCUCGAUAACUUGGAGUGAUUUGUCUGACUGUGAAGGGCACACACCAAAAAGAUAUAGCAAAAGACCUCUGCGUGGUCCAUACGGUCAAAUGCUCGAGGCAGAAAUGGCGAAGCCAAGAACAACCGACAUCGCCCUCGAGGAGGGUUUACGACCAAGACGAAAAAUUUCAGCAAAUUUGUCAUAUACCGGAAGCACGAAUACCAGCAAUUCGGAACCCCCUACGCCUUGCCAUCACAGAACGACAUCGAGUCCUAGUAAACUGGAGAGUCUUCCAGGACCCAGCCCUGAACUACUCGCAGAACUUCUUCGUGGCUCGUCUGAGAGGGUUGCUCGUGCACCGGCUCAUCGAAAUGAUACGAGGAAUCACGUCGUUGUUGAGUUGUACGACACCGAGAGAUCAUACGUCGAAGCCCUACAAAUACUAGUCAACAAAUAUCUGCAGCCCUUGAAGAGCCCAGAAACCGCAGGUCUCGUCGACGCAGCGACAGUUAACGAAAUAUUCUAUCAAGUUCCAGCGAUACUGAGCCACCACGAGAUUUUUUUGGAAGAGCUCCGCAAGCGGCUAGAAACUUGGGAACUUCAUCAAACUAUUGGUGAUAUAUUUCUAGAAGUGUUCACGAAACCGAAUGUUCUUGAGACUUACACCCUUUUUUUGGACAACUGGAGAUCGGCUGAGAAAGCGAUAAAAACUACUUGUCAGGCGAAACCGGCUUUUGCCAGAUUUCUCGAAACUUUGGAACGCGAACACAGGGGAAAACUUGGGCUCGAUCAAUUGCUCAUAAAACCGGUACAAAAAAUUCCACGAUACGAGCUUCUUAUACAAAGACUUUUGAAGCAUACCGAUCCGUCGCAUCCAGAUCACGAUCUUUUGACAGCAGCACAGAAAGAAAUUCACGAACUUGUUGUCAAGAUCAAUUGUACAGAACGUGAGAUCCUCGAAUGGGAGCAGCAGCAAUCGAUACUGCGCGAAGUCGAAUCGUUGGUUGACGGACUCGCGGGAAUUGUUACCAAAGACAGAUCCUUCGUUCGUCAUGACAUGGUCACGAUAGCCUCGAAUCAAGGAACACGAAAGGAAAGGGCACUUUUCCUUUUCUCCGAUAUGAUGGUUAUUACAAAUAUCAAAAGACGGAGUGGAACAAUCAGGAAACCAUCGACAAACGCAUCUCCAAACAGUUUGGCCGGUUUACCUGAAGCCAACAAGUACAAAAUGCUUAUGAGGAUUCCUCUGGAUGAUGUUGAAAUGAUCAAAGCAAAGGAAGAAAGUUUGCGAAAAAUGGCCCGCGAGGUUGAACAUCUCAAGGAGGAUUGUUCAACGCUUAAUCAGCUGCAGGAACUCGCGGCCACUUUGCACGGCACGAAGCAUCAGCUGGAAGAAUUGAUAAAGGAAUAUUUGACUCAAGUUCAACGACAGCUGGCUGAAAAGAACGCGGCUCAUUCGCAGCUCGCUUGUCUCGAAUUGACACUGAAUACGCAAAAUGGCGUUGAGAAUAUUACGAUUAUGUUCACGAAGCCAGAAACGAGAGCGAGCUGGGAAGAAAGUUUUAACGAUGCCAAACAAAAGUUGGCCAUGUCAGCUGACCGAAGACCACCACCGGAAUUCAUCGGGCCAUUGCCGAUACGAAAAACUCGAGCUGGGCUUCAAUUCACGUGCGCAGCACCGACGAUAGCCACGGGACAAACUCCGAGAGACGUUUGGGUGUGCAACAGCGAUGGUUAUGUUGGUCAAAUCUGUGUUCUUAGCUUGAUAUCCGAGCCUCCGAACGUUGAAUCUUGUAACGGGGUUUGCAACGCUCGUAUAUUGUGCAUCGCCGCCAUUCCAGCGCCAAAUUUCAAAUACAAUCGGAAUAUACUGAAAAAUCGACCGAUCGAUCUUACCAAAAGUGGCAUCAGUAUUUUAGUCGAGGAUGCCGAUGGAAAUGGCAAUGAUACUCAGCUCGACAGCAGUGAGAGUUCUGAAGAUUCGGAAGCUGAAGAAGUAGCAAGUAAUCAAACAAUCAGUACAACAGCUUCAACCGCACCUGGCGGAGCGUUUGGCUCUGAUGCAACCAGCCUCGACGACGUUCUUGACGAAGAAACUUUACAACCCACUGUUUGGCUCGGCACCGAAGACGGUUGCAUUCACAUUUACAACUGCAAUGACAAUAUAAGAAUAAAGAAGAAUCGGAUAAAGAUACAGCACGGAAGUAGCGUGCACUCGAUAAUGUAUUUCGACAACAAAGUUUUCGUCGCUCUCGCAAACGGAGACAUCGUCGUCUACACUUGCGAAUAUUCUUGUGGAUGGAACACCCAAAAUCCUAUUACCAUAACGGUUGGUACACCUGCAGCUCCGGUCACAAAAAUGACUCUGAUAUCUAUGAAAUUGUGGUGCGGGUGUCACAAUACCGUACGAAUUCUGAACACAACGACUCUUGAGAUCGAGCAUAGUUUCGCUGUUAGCAACGACACGUCACGUCCCAUAUCUUGUAUGACAUCUUCUGGUGGCCUUGGCGUUUGGAUAUCGUUGCACAACAGCGCUGUUCUACGCUUGUUUCACGCCAAUAGCUACGAGUGUCUGACCGACAUAAAUAUCGCCUCAGCAGUCACUAAAAUGCUUGCUACAGGUUGCGAUGACAUAAUUCGCCAGCACAAAGCCGCGUGUCUUCGGGUAACCGCACUUUUGUCCUGCAACGAUUUAUUGUGGGUUGGAACAAGCGCUGGAGUUUUGCUCAAUAUACCGAUUCCUCAUUUGAAGCCAUCGAGCCAAAGACUGUCACAGCCGCCUCCGGUGAACGGAAUACCCCACGGCCAUACAGGGCAUGUUCGUUUUCUUACGUGUGUCGAAAAGCCUGCAGCCACAUCUACAAUUCCAAACAAGCACGAAAAUCGUCUUAAAAACAAGCGCCACUCGGGAAAGCCGGAAAAAACUCAUAGUAACGAUCCGAGCGGCGGAAAAAUUUUAGUGAUUUCGGGAGGUGACGGUUACGAGGAUUUUCGUGGUCCUCAAGCUUCGGUCGAGCUUCAGGCUGGUCGAGAAGAUUCCACGAAUCAUCUCUUGCUGUGGAAGGUUUGACCGAAUUAAAAAAAUCAUCGGUUACGGCGAUGAAGCCAGCACCGUGAUGCAAUGACGCGAGUCUCGGUCACCGAUGCGAUACCUUCGUGGCAAACAAAACGAAAACGAUAACUUUUCCGGAUUGGCGUGCUGAGUAAAAGAAACGUUUUGCCUCGACGCCUCGCUCAGUUGUGGUUCUGUUUGAUUUCCGGCCGUUCUCUCGGCCUCCGAACAACCAAAACGUACGCAGUCUGGAUUUCAGUCACCGCAAGAAUCGGUUAUGAUCCGAAGUCCAAACUUUUAAACGGUUUAUGGGAAUUGUCACGAGAGAUGAUUAUUCCAGAGACAGCUACCCCGUAAGCCUUGUAAGCGCUUUAAACGGCGCAACGUUUUUCCACCGAUGAACAACCAGUACUGUACUUAUUGUUUAUAUAUUAUUUUUAAAAAAGGCGACACGCGAGAACAAAAAAAAAUUACACGCCUCCAAUAUCUGUUGGAUCUAGUCCCGCGGCUUAACGAAAUAAAAAAUUUGUUUCUUUUUUCGACGAGAAAUAUCAAGUUACAAUUUUUUACAAAAAUACGUCGAAAUUUCGUGCAAAGACAUACAUAAAUUAGUGUAACACAAUUUGGUUUGAUUUUUUUUUCCAAACGAUGCACAGAAUAUUGCUGACGAUCUCGUAUGAACAAGCGUGGAUUCUCAAAACCAUCAAUAAAAUUGAUGUGAAAGGAUAUUUCGAUCAUGCUUUAUUUUUAUUUCAUUUUUUGAACAAAAAAUCUUGUGAAUAUAGUUUCGUGUAUAACAAAUACAAACGGUAAUAAAGAUGAAAUCAAAUGUUUUAUGGAAAAUA